CUUUGCAGUUGCGUCACUCACCGGCAGUGCGCUCCAGCAUCCAACAUGUCGGCUUCGUGUGUCGUCCCCAUGUGUGUGCGAGCGAGCCGCGGCUUUCUGCGGCUCAGGAGCGGGGCAGCGGGCGUCCUGUGCCCGGCCAUGGUGGACGGUAUCCGCACACUGUCCACGGAGAAGCCGGCGUCGGGAGGAGACAGCGCUACGGGCGGGCUGGCCCAGGCGAUCCUCCAGGAGAGACUCCAGCAGCAGAGCCAGGGCCAGCCGCCACCAGAGGGAGAUGGUGAGCAGGAGCGUGAGAAGAAGGACGAGAAGAAGCAGAAGGAGAACACGGCGUACGCCAAAAAGAUGGUUCUGCGCUUGGCCGGGCUCAUGGGCAUCGGAGGAGCCGUCGGAAUGGUCUACGUCUUUGGGACCAACUCUGUGGAUGAACAGGGAAACCAGAUUCCAGACGAGUUUGAUUCAGAACCUCCAGUCAUUCAGCAGUUGAAGCGGACGGUCAAAUACUUCAAAGACUACAGACAGAUGAUCAUCGAGCCGACCAGCCCAAAGCUUCUCCCAGACCCUUUAAAGGAGCCGUACUACCAGCCUCCGUACACCCUGGUGCUGGAGCUCACAGACGUACUACUGCAUCCAGAGUGGUCGCUGGCGACCGGUUGGAGGUUUAAAAAGCGCCCGGGCAUCGAGUAUCUGUUCCAGCAGCUGGCACCACUUUAUGAGAUUGUCAUUUUCACGGCAGAGACCGGGAUGACGGCGUAUCCUUUGAUUGACAGCAUAGACCCUCAAGGCUUCGUCAUGUACCGCCUUUUCAGAGACGCCACGCGGUACAUGGACGGGCACCACGUCAAGGAUGUGUCGUGUCUAAACCGCGACACCAGCAGAGUGAUCGUGGUGGACUGUAAGCGCGAGGCCUUCAGUCUGCAGCCUUUUAACGGAAUGGCCCUGAAGAAGUGGGACGGAAACUCAGACGACCGAACGCUAUACGACCUCGCCAACUUCCUCAAGACCAUCGCUCUGAGCGGGGUGGAGGACGUGCGCUCGGUGCUGGAGAACUACGCUCUGGAGGAGGACCCCAUCGACGCCUUUAAACGACGACAAGCUCAACUGGCCCAGGAGGAGGAGCAGCGUCUCUCAGAAAUCUCUCAGCAGAAAAAACAGGGUCUCUCUCUAGGCUCCAUCACGUCUCGGUUUUGGCGUUCAAAACAACAGUGAUCCCGUCCGCUCCCUACUCGUCCACCAAUCAGGAUGCGGUAUCCGGGCAGAGCAGCAGCCACGCCGGCCAAUCACUGAAAAGAGCCAAACGAGACGACGACGGACUGCUCCACGGACCACUCAGAGCCUUGAGGCCGGGGUCACUCCUCCCCUUUCGGUCGCCUCGGAGCUGCUGAUUGGAUGAAAAAGAACAGUUGUUUUGUACUGAAAUAAAGAAAGGACGGCAGCGGCGUUUGAACUGGAGAAACUCAAACUGAAAACGCUGCGCUUCGUUCAAGAGACUAGAUGAAAAAUGAAGUGUGUUGUUGAAUCUGGUUCAUGUAAUAAAGGUUUGUGUGAAGGCGUCCAACCAAAAAGCUUCUAAUGGAUUGUGUUUGUGAUGGUGCAUCGUGCUCCUAAUUAGGGAUGGGCAUGAUUAGUCGAUUAAUCGAUAAUUGAUCAUUAAGAAUUUCAUCGAUUACAUUCAUUUUUAAUCGACAAACCGAAUGUAGGUUGCUGUGUGUAGCGUAGGGUGACCAAACGUCCGUGUCCGGGGACAAACGGGUGUGUACAUGUGUCUCUACACUCAGAAGGAGCGAGACACAAACAGUGGGUCAGUCUGCAAAGUACCGAAAUGCAACUGUGUAUUUAACGAUGACAUGUACAAGAAAUUCCACACUUUCUGUUCCAGUCGUGACAAGUGUGAGGCCAUGUGCACAGUGUACAAAGCAGCACAUAUGUUUCGGUGACCAGUGUGAAAAAAUUCAGGACACGAAAACAUGAAAAAGUUUUGCCAGGUGAGAGUCGCCCAAUGUCGAUGACGAGUCCCCACCUCCCACCCCCCGUACGGUGUCCUGGUUUUGACAAACACAAAUAUGGUCACACUAACCUGUAUUCCACUGAGUCAUGUCGCAUCAGUGCACAAGAGCAAGUUUUGUUUCUGUGAGAGUUGCACAAAGCUGCAUUAAACACAUUCUAUUGUCAAACGGGCUGAUGUGGCUCUAGAGUGGUUACAGUUUAUAUGUCAUAAAGUUGAAUUUAGUAGUGCAGAUAGUAAUAAUAAUGAUGAUAAUUUUAAUAUAAAAACGUUAAUGAUUAAUCGAUAAUCGAUCGUUAAUUCUCCUGAUGAUUGAUUAAGAACAUUUAAUCGAAUGCCCAUCCCUCGUCCUAAUCCUCAGCGUUCUACUGGUUUAGACUUGGGCGCCACCACUACAAGGUUACGAGUUGAAUUCCCUCAUAAACAAGGUAGUUGUGAGUGAAAUGUCCGUGUCCUCCCUGUGUCGCACCAGUUUGUUCAUGCUCAGUUCUGACACAAGAUUCCGCAGUGAGGCAUUAAACUGAUCUGCCUUGCAGCUGUUCAGUUACAAGUGUUUCAUUACUAGAAAAGCAGACAUUCAUGAGCACAGUUGCCUCACCACAGAUCUGACCUGUAACUUGGUGGUGUUCAUCUCCAUAUAGAGACGAGCAGGUGCUUGACUCUGUUUAAUGCCACAAAGCGAUAACCUCUCCACAGAGACGAGCAGGUUCAUCUGAGAUCGAUUUGAUCACAGUUCAGAUAUUCAGUUUAAAGUUGAACAUGUGAUUCUGAACACAGUAAUGUCAGAUCUGUGUGAAGUGUGCAUCAGUCCAGAGUCGUGUGUGCAUGGUGUUUACAGAGACAUGUCCAUGUGUUUACUUUCAGUGACACGUGUGAGACAUUCAUUGGUCAG